AUGUCUCCCGCCAACAAGAACUUCACCUUCGUUGUUACGAACUCAGAGGAUAAAGGCACCUGGACAACACGACGCGAGGAGAUCUGGUCCCAGGUCAAUACACACGUCGCAUAUGCUGCACAUAACAAGCGAGCCAGAGCAAGUCAGAGACCUCGUCGUGGCGCAAGAGCUGAAAGCUUUACGGCCCAUUCCAGAACAAGGGAAUUUGGACACAUUGCGAGGCGGGCGUCGGAAACGCAAGACAUCCAUAGCACACAGUCGACGACUUCAGACCCAUACACGCCUCUCGAAGAACUUGUCGAGCUUCUUGACGAGCGAGACUCCAGCAACGAGUCGAAUGCUCUGCGGCAAACAAAGACGCAUCAUGUUGCUAAGGUUGAUCGACCAUCUGCGUGUCACGUUUGGAGCAAAGACCUUUCGCAACCAACAGAUACAACUUGGAAGACGUCGACAACGGACGAACUGCCAGAAUCUCUCGAAUUCCUCCAUAUGCCGCUGCAUAGCAGCUAUGCACGAUCGGACCGGAAACGAUCUGAAGGUCUCAACCCGGUGGUCCAGACUAUGCAUCAUGAAGCUAUACAACAAACCUGGCCAUUCCUUCUGCCGCCAGACCCAACCAGAGAUAGGCAAAGGCUAGAGGACACUUUGUUCGAAUUCGAGUCGCACAGUGACGCGUUCUAUUACUGCUCGCUUUACGUGUCCAGCAUUCAGUACCGUGUCAGGCGUCGUAAUAUCCAGAUCCCUGCACAAUUUGACUGGACAUGCUUGAAGCUCAGGGCUCAGGCUCUCCGCCAUCUGCAAUUCGAGAUCAACAGUGUGCAAGGAGCUACCGUCCCCGAUGCAAUUCUGGCCUGCGUUGCUGCUCUGGCUGCGCAAGAACCUCAAGCCUACUCGGCCUUGCGGCUGCACACCCCUCGUACCGAGUCUCCUCUAGCACGAUAUCAAGCAUUGAACCUGGAACGAUCUCAUCGCGGCAAACAGCACUGCCACUGCUCCAAGAUUUCCCUUGCACUGGCGCUCUUCACCAAGCAUAAUCAGGCCUCAGUUCGUGACAUCGACGCGCCGCUUCUACCGAGCUUCGGCACCCACUUCUGCAAGCUUCCAGCUUCUAAUUUGCAACAGUUGCAGCCUUUCAUGAAUCUUCUGCCCACGAUCAGGUCUGUCACAUGUGCACUGGCUAGCCAUCAAGAGAACGACGCAAGACCUCUCGACAGUGGGAUGGCGAGACGUCUGAUAGAGAGCGCAAAUGCAGUCCAUUACCAGAUCCUCAGUCUGCACCAUAGGCCUUGUCAUGACCUGACACAAUCCAGAUCGACCACAAACCUCUUGGAAGUCCUGCGCCUUGCAACGCUCAUCUACUCGAACCUCACGCUCUUUCCGUUAGGUCUGCAGUCUGGCGUUCCCACCAUGCUCGCCUGUCAGUUGAAAGGACUCCUGCGCGGCAACGAGUGCUGUGACGAUUACGACAGAGUGGGUGCGCUGCUCGACGAACAUCAAGGCCUCACUCUCUGGAUACUGAUGAUGGGCGCCAUCGGUUCUCUGGAGGACCCUAUCGUGACGAAAUGGUUUACCAUCAGACUAAAGCCACGGGUCAGACUGCUGUGCAGUGCAAGCGAAGUUGGUCCGAUUCUAGACCUCUUGCAAGGCUAUCUCUGGUGGGACCACAUUUUCGCAAGCUAUUUCCAUGAUGUCUGGGCGCUGUUGUCGGCCCUUUGA